AUGAUUUCAGACGACGAGAAGCGAAGACUGCGUGCUCUGAAAAAGGAGCAGAGGCGGCUCGAGCAGCAACAUGGAGCAGAGAAAACAACGCAGCUCUUUAUUCGUCGCCCCCUGAUUGACCUCCCGCGCUCCGAGCCUGUGCAAGACACUUUCACCAUCAUGUCCUACAACCUUCUCGCCCAGGCCCUGAUCCGACGCAGUCUUUUCCCCGACAACGGCGCAAUACUCAAAUGGAGUAAACGAUCUGAGGCUCUGCUAGCAGAAUUGGAAUACUACGCUGCAGAUAUUAUGUGUUUGCAAGAGAUGGACUACAUCCAGUACAACAGCUACUGGAGCCCCAAAUUAGCCCAGUUGGGCUACGAAAACAAGUACUAUCGAUCGGGCACGAAAAACCACGGAGUGACAGUAUUCUACAAGGCCUCUAAGUUUGCUCUUGUCGACUCAUCGUUUAUAGACUACGACAAGGUGGCUACCGACGGCAUUGUUCCGCGCACUGCCACGCAGAACGUGGGGCUGCUGGUCGCUUUGCAGCCAAAAAACCGGCCCGACAGCGUCCUUGUGGUGGGGACCACGCAUCUGUUUUGGCAUCCGUACGGAACGUACGAAAGAACGCGCCAGACAUAUGUGGUUUUGCAGUCGAUGCUGGAGUUUGAGAAACGGGUCAAGCUUUUGCACCCGAAUUUCGCCAAAACGUACAAGUUCUUUGCCGGAGACUUCAACUCGCAGCCUUACGACUCACCGUAUUUGUCGAUCGUCCAGAAACCGAUUGUCUACAACGCACGAUGUCUGAACGUCAUUUCGUGCUCGGCCUCGUACGACUACUCCAACCAGGACGGCAAUGAGCACGAGACGCCUGUCCCAGAAGAAUUUGAGCCCAAUGAGGAGCAGCGUAAAAUGGUCCACGACAUGGAGAAACUGCACAACUCGCUCCCCGCUCGUGCCAUUUCGCUGUAUUCGCUCGGCUACCAUCUGGUCGACCCUAAAAACGCCGGGCUGGACAAUGACCGCAAUGAGCCAUUUUUCUCCAACUGGGCACACACCUGGCGUGGUCUGCUCGACUACAUCUUCUUUGUGACCGAGUGGGAUGGCUCAGACUGCACUGCGCCUGACAAACUCGAGGACUUUGAGGUCCAGCACGGCGUCAUUUUAAAGGGCCUGCUGAAACUGCCACAUCCCACGGAAAUGGAUAAGGGCCAGCCACGCGAGGGCGAGUACCCGAGCGACCACCUAUGUAUAAUUGCCGAGGUCGCAUUGCGCUAA